GCACGACAUGGCGCUGCGCUGCGCUAACGAUUGCUUAAUCGCGAUAGACUUCUCAGGCCAGGUAAGCCUCGUUGCAGUGCGCGUGUCAUCGUGCUCGGGUUGAACGCAUCUCGGGCCAGAUUGAGCUCGGGUUAGGCGUCCUCUCCAGCCCACCAAGCCGUGAUAGGGACGCCUUGAAUGCGACAACGUCGCAACCUCAAGGUAUAUAACUGAGCACUGUCGCUUCCAUCAAUAUGCUGCAACCACUUAUCCACUUAUCUCUAGACACUUCAUACGAACAAUGUCUCUUUCCAAAACUCCUCAGCUUAAAGUCCUCAUCAACGGCGCUGGCAUCGCAGGAUCCAAUCUUGCGUAUUGGUUAGCUAGGACCCGCCUCAAUGCAUCCAUCACGGUUGUAGAACGAUCACCAUCUCCUCGGCCCACUGGACAGUCUAUCGAGAUCCGCGGCGCAGCCAUCUCUAUCGUUGAGAAGAUGGGCUUGUUGCCAAGUGUGCUCGCACGCAACACCACAGAGGACGGCACUCGCCUUGUCAACGCUUCCAAUAAGAUUAUCGCCGAGUUCGGAAAAGGCGACAACCGCUUCACAUCCGAGUAUGAGAUUCUGCGAGCCGACCUAUGUAGUUUAUUCGUGGAUGCGUCCAAGAGCAUGGAGAACGUUAAUUAUGUGUACGGAGACUACGUCACAGCCGUGCAACAAACGAAUAAGAAAGUCGAUGUUACCUUCAAUAGUGGAGCAAAAGAUAGCUUCGACUUCAUUGUUGGUGCAGAUGGCUCAACCUCACGGAUACGGUCUCUUAUCUUGGACGAAGAAACGCGGAAGGACAGCUACAACUUCAUCGGCCAGUACAUUGCGUACUUCAGCAUUCCUCGUGAAGAAUCAGACACGAAGCACUGGUACUGGUACAACGCACCGAAAGGCUUAGGCCUCAUGACACGACCGCACCGCAAUGGAAAGACCACUGGAUGCUACAUGUGCGUUACGACACCAGCACAUGGACAUCGUGAUCCGCUUGCCGAAGCAGCGAUGGAUGGAGGGCCCCAAAAGCAGAAGGAAUUCCUACACGCAACCUUCCACGAUGCAGGAUGGCAGGCAAAGAGAAUCCUGGCUGGUAUGGAUGGAUGCGACGAUUUCUACAUGAGCCGUGCAGCGUAUGUCAAGCUCCCCACAUGGACGAACAACCGUGCGGUACUCCUCGGUGAUGCAGCCCACGCAACAUUCGGAGUGGGAGUCACUCUCGCGGUCGAGGGUGCAUACCACUUAGCAGGCGAGCUCAGCAAGAUAGAGAAUAGCGAUGGCAUCCCAGCAGCGCUCAAGCUCUGGGAAGAGAAAUUCCGUAAGAUCCAAGGAAAGCAUGAAAGUCUGCCGCCUGGCUUUCCACAGCUUGCUUUCCCGCAGACUGCCUGGGGGAUUAAAGUGCGCGACACGCUUGCCUGGACUAUCGGGAAGACCAGGGCUUACAAAUUGCUACCGGAAGACAAGCCUGAUGAUUCGAAGCUGCAGAACUACGAGUGGAUUACCGUAUGAGAAAACUGCUUGUCGUUAUUGGUUGUCCUUUACAUCAUGUUAAUAGCACGAAAUCUGCUUCCUUGAUACUUACCUACUAUGCUAUCGGUUUCCAAACUAUAGAAGACUUGGUUCCUUGUUGAGCAUAUUGCUAUUCUACACACUCGCUUUCUCCCCUGUGAUGCCUAGUGAACUAUUCACAUAGAGACGGAGAACCACGAAGAGAAGGGUAGAUCCAAUUUCAUAAUGACAAGAAUCA